AUGUCGACCGGAUCACCAAGACUCGCCGCUCCGGCAGAACCCGUUACGCCGCCUGCGUCGAACAAAACUUCGGCCUUCAAGUCACUCGGCUGGCUGGACCGCUUCUUGGCCGUCUGGAUCUUGUUGGCCAUGGUCAUCGGAGUCCUCCUGGGCAACUUCGUGCCAGAGACCGGUCCGGCCCUGCAGAAGGGCAAAUUUGUGGGAGUAUCUGUGCCCAUCGCUGUCGGACUUCUGGUCAUGAUGUACCCAAUCCUGUGCAAAGUCCGCUACGAAUCUCUCCACGAAAUCUUAUCGCACCGUGGGUUAUGGAAGCAGAUUGCUUUCAGUAUCUUCAUGAACUGGGUCGUGGCCCCAUUCCUAAUGCUUGGCCUGGCAUGGGCGUUCCUCCCCGACAAGAGCGACCUCCGUGUCGGUUUAAUCCUUGUUGGCCUUGGAAGAUGUAUUGCAAUGGUCCUGAUAUGGACAGGGCUGGCCGGCGGUGACAACGAGUACUGCGCAAUUCUAGUCGCCGUGAACUCCAUCUUGCAGAUGGUGCUGUUUGCGCCGCUGUCGGUCUUCUUCAUCCGCGUCAUCAGCAAGGAGUCCGGGGUGGGAGAUAUCUCGUACGCGGUGGUCGCGACCAGCGUGGCCGUGUUCCUUGGCAUUCCCCUCGGCGCAGCAAUCCUGACACGGUUCACCCUACGUGCAACGGCUGGACCCGCCUGGUACGAACAUGUGUUCCUGCGGUUUGCAGCACCGUGGUCGCUCAUCGGCUUGUUGUAUACGAUCCUUGUCUUGUUUGCAUCCCAAGGACAUCAGGUCGUGCAUCAGAUUGUGUCGGUCGUGCGCGUCGCUGCGCCCCUCGUCGGCUACUUUCUGGCCAUUUUCUCCAUCACGCUUUGGGUUACAUAUUACCUCGGCUUCGGCUACGCCCUCGCCACGACGCAGAGCUUCACCGCGGCCAGUAACAACUUCGAGCUCGCGAUAGCUGUGGCUGUUGCGACCUUUGGCCCAGAGAGUGACCAGGCCCUUGCAUCGACUGUCGGGCCGCUCAUCGAGGUGCCGGUGCUCCUUGCUCUGGUAUAUCUCGUCCGGUGGAUUGGGAACAGGUGGUCAUGGAGAAAGUGA